AUCAGGUCUGCUCAGUCUCAGGGGAUGAGGUUGCUUCACUCUGGAAAGCAAGAAACGGAGAGAGAGGAAAAUUGCAGACCCUGACUCCAGACAGCACCCCCCACCCCCUCCAUCCAUCCACUCCCUUCCUUUCAUCCAUGAGCUCAGACAGCAAGACUCAGGGUGGUGCCUCCUUUUGCCAGGAGUCUGGUCCCGACUUCAGUCACAUGACACGGAAGUGGGGAAACAAGCCUCCAUCCCCCCCCCGCCCCUUCCAACACACACAAACCCCACCGUAAGAGAAUAGGAGCUGCGGUGGGUGCAACGUCGAGCCGGGUCUGUUGGCGAAGAAAACGAACCCCAAAAACCAAAGCGCCUCUCGCGGGGGGAGGCAAAAGAUGCAAAUGGUGCAGGAUCGAGUUGGAGAGGAAAGAUCCAGGGACGAGAGGAAGGGUAGGUGGAGAAAGCGGAGUCUGCUGGGGAAGGGGAAGGGGAAGAAAGAAAGGGGGGCGGCGACGACUGAGACAAGCAUAUGGGGCUCAGAAGUGGUCGGAGGGAGGGUUUAUUUCUUAGGGGACGCGUAUUUGUUUUGUCCCACUGGCCGCUUCUAGAUAAACAGGCUUUGCAGGGAUUUAUUGAUGCAUUUAUUGAUUCCUGCCAACCUAGCAGUUCGAAAGCACAUUAGUGCAAGUAGAUAAAUAGGUACCGCUCCAGCGGGAAGGUAAACAGUGUUUCUGUGCACUGCUCUGGUUAGCCAGAAGCGUCUUACUCAUGCUGGCCACAUGACUUGGAAGCUGUACGCCGGCUCCCUCGGCUAAUAAGCGAGAUGAGCACCGCAAAACCCCAGAGUCGGCCACGACUGGACCUAACGGUCAGGGGUACCUUUACCUUUACCUAUUGAUACGAAAGCCUGCAAGAUCUAGUUAGCGACCCCAAUCUUCAUUAAAAAAACAACAACAGUUUCUAGCAUUUGUAGAACCUGAGAUGUUUCUCCCUCUUUCUUGGAAAAUGCUUCUUUCUCUCCCCCCCCUCCCCAAAUUUCUGCAGACUACCAUGUUACCAUGUUAUCUUGGGACGCGGGUGGCGCUGUGGGUUAAACCACAGAGCCUAGGACUUGCCAAUCAGAAGGUCAGCUGUUCAAAUCCCCCCCCAUGGGUUGAGCUCCCGUUGCUCGGUCCCUGCUCCUGCCAACCUAGCAGUUUGAAAGCAUGUCAAAGUGCAAGUAGAUAAAUAGGUACCGCUCCGGCGGGAAGGUAAACAGUGUUUCUGUGCGCUGCUCUGGUUCGCCAGAAGCGGCUUAGUCAUGCUGGCCACAUGACCCGGAAGCUGUACGCCGGCUCCCUCGGCCAAUAAAGCGAGAUGAGCGCCACAACCCCAGAGUCAGUCACGACUGGACCUAAUGGUCAGGGGUCCCUUUACCUUUUACCUUUACCAAGUUAUCAGAGGUGAAAAAUAUGGGAAGAAUUGGGUUGUGUUUACACAUCAGGGACAAACUUUCUCUUACAAUCGACCUUUAAUUCUUUGGUUGUCUGUCUUACCCCUAAAGGGCCAGACAAUAAAGGAUUUUGGCACAGAUGGAAUAGCUGUCAUCGGAACUGGCUUUGAAGGAGUGGGCUUGAGGCUCACCUUUUCAUUUUUUUUAUUAUUAUUUUUUUGCCUUCAGCUCCCUUGAAAAACAACAAUUCCUCUCCAACUCUUCACAUAGAGGGAUUCUUCUCCCUUCUGUUGGCCUGCCUCCAGUGUUGGCAGUUUGCAAAAUAUAAAUGGUAAGAGCAGAAGAGGAGGAGAAACAGGAUCAAAGUCUGUUUAGGAUCUCUCUCAGGCUCUGGGGAAUCCACCAGGUUAGUAGAACAACAGUAAAUGAAAAAGAAAAGAGGAAGAAUAUAAAAAUAUAUUGGUGUGUACUAACUAUACUCACCAAGAUGGCCUGAUUGAAUUUCUAACAGCUGUAACUCAGACAUGUAUCUGGGGAAACAUUUGUUCAUUUCCUGACAUAUAUAUUUGCAUACUGCUGCUGCUGCUGCUGUAACCCACCUUUGAAUGAAGUUGCAACUCAACCCAAUAGUUGAAGAUUAAUGACUUGAAGUAGGAAAGGAACCUUUCUAAAGAGCUCCAGUUGCUUUGAUGCUUAAAGGGUGGGGGUAUUAAGAUCAAAGAAAAAACUCUGAUCCCAAUAAGUCUGUGACGAAUGCAAAGCAAUAAAUCAUUAAAAUCAGAGGGUUUCUACGAUUCACAGGUUAUAAACUUGAGGCACACCUGGAAUAACUUUAUAAAGCUGUGCCUGUGAUUUUACCAAAGGUGCAUUGCUGUUUGUCUUCAUUUAUAUUAAAUAUUAUAUUAAAGCAAGAGCUGUUUGAUGGGAAAGCUGGAUAUAAAACUUUUUAAUAAAUAUUUCCUAGGCCUCAGAGCUGAUUAAAAAAAAAAAAGAAAAGAUGGUGAGCUUCAGAUCCCAGAAAGUCCAGCACCAAAUUAAACCUCACAUUCUUACUCAGCCGGCAGCAUCAUUUAAGUGGCUGGAUUCUGAACUGCUAGGCAGUUUUGACAUCUGAAGGGAGCCCUGUUCAGGGAAGGUUUACUGUGUGAUGUUGUAUUGUGCUUUUACUAUUUUGUGUUGCGAGCGGCAUAUAAAUAAAUAAAUUCUUAUUAUAUUUUAAAAUGUUAGCUGUCUUGGAAUAGAACUUCUAAAGUGGCUUGCAUAGAUUCUCUUGCUUUCUCCUCAUAAGAUUUUGUUGUCCCACAGGAGGACAAACCAUAUAAUUUUACCUGCAACCCUUCGCCUUGCUUUCUCAUUGUUGCUCUCUGAUUGCAAACUCCUCUCUCUCUCUCUCUCUCUCUCUCCUUUGUAAAGGACAUCAUCCUGACUUGAAGCCCUGAGUGCUUUUGCCCCACCCACUUUUCCCGUAUUCAGUACAGCACAACAUUCAAGAUCCUUCCUAGAUGUACAGAUCCUUGGAAAGUGGAAAUGGCUGCGACAGGGUGGCCUCAGGUAUGUUGAUGGAGGCUGGGCUCACCCAAGAAUACAUUCUGCUGUCUUGAGGGAGAACUGUGAAUGUGCAGCAAUAAAACCAAGCUAAGCAGGGUCUGGUCUGGUUUCAAACUGGAUGGGGGACCACGUUUUGGAAUUCCUGCAUUGCAGACUAGAUGACCCUCGGAGGUCCGUUCUAACUCUACAAUUCUAUGAUUCUGUGACAAAUAUCCACAGAUAAACAUGCUGAAUUUCAUCACUCUCUAGAGCAGGGGUCUGCAACCUUUAAGACAAAAAGAGCCACUCGGACCCGUUUCCGAAGAAAAAACAACUGGGAGCCGCAAAACCAUUGCGACAUUUAAAACAAAUAUAUCUCCGGAGCCGCGAUCUGACAGUGGGCGGGAAGGUGACGUUGGGACGGUGCGUGACUAACGCACGCACCGCCCCCAUGCGACGUCACAGCCAGUACAGCGCCCGCCACAGUGGGGAGUGUCGGGGCGCACAAUGCGCCUCCUCCCCUCGCUAGUAUCCGCCCCGGAGCCGCAGCAAAGGUGUAAAAGAGCCACAUGCGGCUCCGGAGCCGCGGGUUGCUGACCCCUGCUCUAGAGCAUCAGAAUAUCUUCCAGUUGAUACUAUGCAUAGUUCUUUGAGCUGCUGGAAUUUCUUAGGCUGCCAACAUUUUCUAGUAGUUUGGAUUUCCCUCCACCCUUAAAGAAUAUGAGGGAAGUACUUGGCUACUGGCCAGGGAUGAUGGGAGCUGAAAUUCAGCAAGAUCUGGGGAGGCAGGCCAAAUUUCCCCACACAUGUGCCAUUGUCCUUAAUAGUUUCCCAGCUGUCAGAAUGCAGCCCACUUGACCCACUAAUGGCACCACCAACAGAAGGAAGAAAUAGAUGCCUUUCAUUCUUUCUUGCGCUACCUUCAUCUCAAAAGAAGUCCUCCAUCGUUGCCGGCAGCUGAUCUUCAGUGUCGUGAAAGAGCAGCAAGUGGUUAAUUAUUUGAUUUAUCAUUUUCAGUUCCAGGGGAAGGGAGACUUGUUCUUGGGAGUCUAGGAACAAAUGGAAGUUGCUUUAUAUCGAGUCAGACCGUUGGUUUAUCAAGCCAUUAUGUCUACACUGACUGGCAGAGGCUGUUAAGGGUUUUAGCUAGGGGACGUUCCCAGCCCUACCUUGAGAUACCAGGGAUUGAACCUGACACCUUCUGCAUACAAGGCACUUCCACUGAACUGCAGCCCUUCCUCAGUUUUCAGCCUCAGGUGCCAAAACACCUUGGCUGGUCUUUAAAUCCAGUAUUGUCUACUCUGUCUGGCAGCUCAAAAAUAAGACCUGUCCCUUCCAACAUCCAAUUUCACACAAUGGCCAACCAGGUUUCCGAGCACAAUUCAAAAUGUUGGUGCUGACCUUUAAAGCCCUAAACAGCCUCAGUCCUGUAUACCUGAAGGAGUGUCUCCACCCCCAUCGUUCAGCCCGGACACUGAGGUCCAGCUCCGAGGGCCUUCUGGCGGUUCCCUCCCAGUGAGAAGUGAGGUUGUAGGGAACCAGGCAGAGGGCCUUCUCGGUAGUGGCACCCACCCUGUGGAACGCCUUCCCAUCAGAUGUCAAGGAGAUAAAGAACUACCUGACUUUUAGAAGACAUCUGAAGGCAGCCCUGUUUAGAGAAGUUUGUAAUGUUUGAUGUUUUAUUGUGCUUUUAAUUCUGUUGGGAGCCUCCCGGAGUAUUAUUAUUAUUAUUAUUAAUAAUAAUAAUAAUAAUAAUAAUAGCACAGCUGUGGAGUCCAAAUCGGCUCACUGUGUUGGUUCCAGGCCUUCAAUCCCAAACAGCUCUGUGGGGUCUGAGGCGGAGGUUUUCCCCGUUACCUUACACUGGAUCCUUUUUAACUCGAAUGGUUCUGUCUAGUGAACUCUACUAUUGAGCUGUGGCCUCCUCAAAGUCAAAGUUCACAUCUCUGCUUAGAUCACUAGCUCUCCGUUGUGGUUCAUAAUCCAGGCUUACCUUCAACGGGAUGGUGUAAACACCAGAUGUGUGAAGCAUCUGAGGCGCUUGGACAUGGUUUGCUUAUGUUUCCCCAGGAGCUGGUGACUUUUGAAGAUGUGGCCUUGUAUUUCACGCAAGGGCAAUGGGCUUUGCUGGAUCCGAAUCAAAGAGCUUUGUACAGGGAAGUCAUGCAGGAGAAUUACAAUCAUGUCGCUUCCUUAGGUAAGGACCCCUUUGUUAGGGAUAUCUGAACAGAGAUUGCAUCCAUUAAUCUUCUUCUUUGGCGAUCACUCGGAGACGAGUAAGAUUGUCUUCCAUAAACACGGUUUUAACAAUGAGUCCGUAAGUGACUGUGGGGGCCAAUUUGGGAUCCACACUUCCUUCCACAGUGGGGACAUUGGUUUCUGGGCGGGAGUUGAUCACGGUGUGGAUUUGCCAAGCGUGCCUUCCUCUUAGGGCAUUUCUCCCUUGCGUCCUGAGUUUGAGUGUCUUCACAGCCCAUGACUGUUCUCCAAUUGGAGCGCUUUCAGGCAAGUGUAUCCCAAUUGUUGGUGUUUAUACUACAUUUUUUAAAGAUUUGCCUUGAGGGAGUCUUUAAACCUCUUUUGUUGACCACCAGCAUUACACUUUCCAUUUUUAAGUUUGGAACAGAGUAGUUGCUUUGGAAGACGAUAACCAGGCAUCUGCACAACACGACCAGUCCAACGAAUUUGAUGUUGAGGAAUCAUUAGCACAACAUGGAUCUAUACUUAAAGCCCGAAAUUCUACUCAAUAACAUCUUUUUAAAAACUCUUUGAUCAGGAUUUCCACUUCUCAAGCCUGGUUUGAUCUCCUGGCUUGAGGAAGAGCCAUGGUCUGCAGAACGGCUGGGUUUAGAGGAGACAGAGGCUCCCUCAGAACAGAGCGCAGGUGAGGGAAUGAAAAACAGAACUCAUAAAAUGUAUAUAUUUGUGCGAAAACUCCAGAGAUUUGUACCAAAUCUAGUUCUUCUCUUACUGGGUCAGAAAGCCAACCUUUGCAUGACCUUUGCCUCUGAAUGCCAAUUUCCUUACACUUUUCUCUUGAUCAGGGUUUCCUGAUGUGAUAAUAAAGCUGGAGGAAGAAGGGGGUCCAUGGAACCUGAAUCAGCAGGAAUCCAACACCUUCGCAGGUACCAAGAUCUACCUUUCUUUACCUGUCUCGAUUUUUUCCAUGUUAAAUGAACAGCUGUAAGUAAUUUUGCCUCAAGGGGACGCUUCUGCACAUUUCCCCAACACUCUUGUUUUUUUUUGCAAUAUUGUUUUUGCUGAGACUAACUUUUCUGAAGCCUGUGCAAUGUUGUUGUUGUUGCUAUCAACAUUAUUCCAGUACAGUCAUACCUCGUGUUGCAUUUGCUUCAUGAUACGUUUUUUCAGGUUGCAUCCUGCGGCGACCCGGAAGUACUGGAAAGGGUUACUUCUGGGUUUCGCUGCUCGCGCAUGUGCAGAUGCGCAAAAUGACGUCACGCGCAGAUGCGGGAAUCGCGACCCGCAGACGUGAGUUGCGUUCUGCUCAUGUUGCGAACGGGACUCCGAAACGGAUCCCGUUCGCAACCAGAGGUACCACUGUAACAGGAUGUUUGUGUUGUCACACUGCUUUGUAGCCAUUUCUUAAACAUUUUUAUUUAUUUUGGAAAAAGUAUUCACAGGCUGCCCCUUCAUGGAAAAAAAGCAGUGUACAACAAAAUGUACAAUUAGAAUAACAUACAAAAUUCAAUAAAAACAGGACAAAAUAGGCAUAAAGAUGAUCGGCUCACCUUGAAAAGAUUUAAACCACUGAAUAGGCCUGUUGACUUAAAAAGAUUCAGGUAGGUAGCCGUGUUGGUCUGACACAGUCAAAAUAUAUUUAAAAAAUAAAAAAAAAUGUCCAGUAGCACCUUAGAGACCAACUAAGUUUGUUCUUGGUAUAAGCUUUCGUGUGCAUGCACACUUCUUCAAAUACCGAGUGGGACAAUUUUUUAAAUUUUUUAAAUAUAUUUCAGCAUAAAAAGAGUGAGUGUGCCUGCUGCAUCUCUGCAGGAAGAGUGUUCCACAAUAUGGGGCCAGCAAUACUAAAUGUCCGAAUCCUAGCUGAAGCCACUCGGGCUUCCGAAACAUGGGGGACAAUUAAUAGUGCUCCACUGGACGGUGUCCGCGAUCACUGGGGGAAUCUAUAUUUACAUAUAUUUAAUUUGGAACGCAGUGAUCACAGCUUGUUGUUUUUGCACCUCGUUUUCUUCACCGCUUGCAUUUUUACUUCUAUACCCAUCCAACGUUCAGCUUCACAGGAUGCCGCAAGUUCUCGUGUUAAAAGAGAGGGAGGAAAACUCUUUACCUGCUUCCUCUGUUCUACAUGAUGUCAUCACCUUCUCUGUUUGUCUCGCCUUUUUUUAUCCUGACUCAGGACUUCCUGGCGUUCUGAUAAAGCAAGAGCGAGAAGAGGAACCAGGGGUCUUGGAUGAUCAGAGAACUGAGGAACGGCCCAGUGCUGCUGGCGACCAGUCGGGUGAGGGAGCAGUUCAUCUACAAUUCCUGGAGUGGUUUAACAGUCAAUCCUUCUUCCCAGGGAAUUCUGGGAAUUGCAGCUCUGUGAGGGGAACGGGGGCUUCCUAACAGCUCUCAGCACCCGUAACCAACCACAGUUCCCAGGAUUCCUUGGGAAAAGCCACAACUUUAUAAAUGACAUGAUACUGCUUCAAAUGGAUAUAGUGCUGAUGGGGCCUCACUCUCUGUUCUAAUAGCAACAAAAGAAAAGUUGGUGUCUUUUUUUUAUAAAAAAAAGCUAGAUGGUCACACCUCACAUUCUCCUCUUUCCGCUGACUCAGGGUUUCCUGGUGUGAUAAUAAAGGUGGAGCCGAAAGAGGAACCCUGCGUCCCUGUGCUCCACCCAGGUAAGAGAUGGGUUCAAGUGGCUCAUGAUCCACAGUCAAUAUGUUUUGAACCUAGUUUGGUUGUCAUUUUCCAGGCCAAUGAUAUUCACACUGAUUGUAAUAAAAAAAGGAGACCAUUUUCUCUUAAAGCAAUGUAGGGAGUUGCCUUAUAGCACCGCAGACCAUUAAUAAUAAUAAUAAUAAUAAUAAUAUCCCGCCCUCCCCAGCCGAAGCCGGGCUCAGAGCGGCUAACAACAAUGAAAGUAACACAGUUUACAUAAAAUCACAAUCAACUGUGGCCCUGUGGAACGCCAUCAGAUGUCAAAGAAAUAAACAACUACCUGACUUUUAAACAUCUGAAGGCAGCCCCGUUUAGGGAAGUUUUUAAUGUUUGAUGUUUUAUUGUGUUUUUAACAUUCUAUUGGGAGCCGCCCAGAGUGGCUGGGGAAACCCAGCCAGAUGGGCGAGGUAUAAAUAGUACAUCGUCGUUGUCAUCAUCAUCAUCAUCAUUAUUAUUAUUAUUAAUUAGUGCUUUUUUCCUAAAAAAUGUUUAGGGGUACUCUCAUUUUGACUCACGAAAAUCACCAUUUUAUAGUUCAAAUUGGGAAAAAUAAAUACAGUAAAUGGACAAAAGUACAAAGAUUCAUAAAAUGUUUAGAGGGAUGCGUACCCCUGCACCCCCCCCCCGAAAAAGCAUUGAUGAUGAUGAUGAUGAUUAGUAGUACUGCUAUCUUUCUCUUAAUAGGCGGCAGGUGUGAGGAAAAAGGAGAAGAGGGUCUUCCAGGAAGCGCUCACCUAGUGGCAGCAAACAAAAUAUCCUUAGGAAUUACCGAAGGGAGCGUUUCACAGUACCAAGACAUCGCCGAGAACCGAGGCAGAAAAGAGAGGCAUCAGAGAAAUGACCUGGGAGAGAGAUCAGGAAGGGCUUUACCUUGUCAGGGAGGUGAAAAAAGUGAAACCAAAAUGCAAAAGAAAAUUCACAAGUAUGGGAGAACUCUUCAAAAAGGAGAGAAACAUCAUAAACAAUUAGGUUGUGAGAAGAGAAUGAAUGGGAGCUACUGCCUGCUUUCUCAGAGCAAAGGCCGCAAAGGAGAAAAAGUUCAUGCUUGUUCAGUCUGUGGUAAAAGCUUCAAGUGGAAAAGUAACCUGAUUAUCCACGAAAGAAUCCAUACAGGAGAGAGGCCGUACGCAUGCUCAAUCUGUGGUAAAAGCUUCAGCAAAAGAUCGUACCAUGCUGUCCAUGAGCGAAUGCACACGCAAGAAAAAACAUACACUUGUUCAGUGUGUAAUAAGAGCUUCAUCCAUAAAGUCAGCCUUAGGAGGCAUGAACAAGUCCACACAGGAGAGACCCCGUAUAAAUGCUCAAACUGUGGGAAGGGCUUUAGUCAGAAAUGUAACCUCCUUUCACAUGAAAGAAUCCACACAGAAGAAAGGCCUUACCCGUGUUCAUUCUGCAGCAAAAGUUUUAAACGAAGAUCAAACCUCAACAGCCACAAAGUCAGCCAUACGGGAAUAAAAACAAAUAUGUGCUCGAUCUGUGGUAAAAGCUUCAGUCAUAGAUCAAACCUUGUUAGCCAUGAAAGAACUCACACUGGAGAGAAACCGUUUUCAUGCACAAUCUGUGGUAAAUGUUUCGCUGACAGAACACAUCUUAUUAAACACGAGAGAACUCAUACAGGUGAGAAACCAUAUAUGUGCUCCAUCUGUGGGAACAGCUUUAGCCACAAAUCAAAUCUGGUUAGCCACGAAAGAACCCACACAGGGGAAAAACCAUACCCGUGCUCAGUUUGUGGCAAAAGUUUCACAGAUAGAGCAUAUCUUCUUAAACACCAGAGAACUCAUACAGGAGAUAAACCAUUCAAAUGCUCUGUCUGUGGGAAGAGCUUCAGUCGUAAGGAUUACCUUAUUAGACACAAGAUCAUCCAUACCGGAGAGAAACCAUACAUGUGCUCAGUUUGCGGGAAGAGUUUCAUGUGGAAAAGUUACCUGUCUAUCCAUGAAAGAAUCCACACAGGAGAGAAACCGUAUACAUGCUCUUUCUGUGGUAAAAGCUUCAGUGAAAAAUCGUACUACAUUGUACAUGAACAAAUGCAUACAGCGGAAAAAAUACAUGCUUGUUCAGUCUGUAGUAAAAGCUUUGUUCAUAAAGUAAGCCUUAUCAGACAUCAGCAAGUCCACUCGGGUGAGACACCACAUAAAUGCUCGGUUUGUGGGAAAGGCUUCAGUCAAAAAUGUAGCCUUAUUUCACAUGCAAAAAUCCACACAGAAGAAAGGCCUUUCACAUGCUCCUUCUGCGGCAAGAGCUUCAAGCGAAGGUCAAAUCUCACCAGUCACGAAAGAAUCCAUACGGGAGAGACCCCCUAUGUGUGCUUGGCCUGUGGCAAAAGCUUUAAUUGUAAAGCACAUCUUCUCGGACAUGAGAGAACUCAUACAGGGGAGAAACCAUAUUCAUGCCCGGUUUGUGGGAAAAACUUCGGUAACAAGUCACAGGUGGUUAUACACGGGAGAAUACAUACAGGAGAAAAACCAUAUACUUGUUCACACUGUGGGAAAAAGUUCAAGCACAGGACAAGCUAUACCGAGCAUCAAAAAAUCCACACGGAAGAGAAACCGUUCAUAUGCUCAGCCUGCGGCAGGAGCUUCAGUCGGAAGGAGCACCUGAUUAUCCACGAGAGAAUCCACACGGGAGAGAAGCCAUAUUCAUGCUCGGCCUGUGGGAAAAACUUCAAGCAGGAGUCAAGCCUUACUUCACAUGAGAGAAGCCACUUGGCCGAAAAGCCACACUCGUGUUCCACCUGUGGCAAAACUUUCAAGAAUCAAGUAUACCUGAGGAGACAUGAAAAAAUUCAUAUGAGAUAAAGGACGAGGGUGGCGCUGUGGGUUAAACCACAGGCCUAGGACUUGCUGAUCGGAAGGUCAGCGGUUCGAAUCCCUGCGAUGGGCUGAGCUCCCAUUGCUCGGUCCCUGCUCCUGCCAACCUAGCAGUUUGAAAACACGUCAAAGUGCACGUAGAUAAAUAGGUACCACUCCGGCGGAAAGGUAAAUGGCGUUUCCAUACGCUGCUCUGGUUCGCCAGAAGUGGCUUAGUCAUGCUGGCUACAUGAUCCAGAAGCUGUAUGCCGGCUCCCUCGGCCAAUAAAGCGAGAUGAGCGCCGCAACCCCAGAGUCGGUCAUGACUGGACCUAAUGGUUAGGGAUCCCUUUACCUUUACCUUUAUGUUUGAAAAGCCUCAAAAGGAGCUUCUCAUCCUCGUCAGACUUUAUUUAAGCAUCAGAAAGGUGAGGGUUGGGGUGUGUCACGAGAUACGGAAGACGUUAAGGCACAGACGUGACCCAGAAACCCAUACCAGAGACAGAAAUAAUACAUGCAAUAUUUAAUAAAGCACCAGUAACCUUUUUUCUCCCAAUGAUCUAUAGUAUUGGACUUAACAGUGCUGUUGUGAAUACAUUUCAAUAUUUCAAACUUUUCCUAGGUUUGAAUUUCCUAGCUUCAUCUCAUAGUCUGAAGACUAAUUGCCACCCGCUUCGGCUUCCAGAUCUGCUUUUUCGAACAUUUUCAUCAAUUCCAGAGCACGUUCGUUUUUGUAGCUGUAUGAAGAACACUUGGUUUAGCUGCAGAUGUGUCGUAAAAUAUAACGUAUUGAAUAAAGAAUUUUAGAAACUUGGUUUUUUGUUUACCCAGGGAUGCAGAGGUGUAGUUCUAAUGUUCUGUCAUCUGUGAACGAUGAAAGUACAGGGCUAAGUUAUAUUUUCAGCCUGCUCUCCAUAGCACAGCCAUACACAGAAUGGGGCACUGACCCACCAACUCCAAUCUCCCCUCAGCCAGCCCCCACCUGCCUGGCACAGACUGCCAGCUGCCUCCUCCUUAGUCUCAAUGUUGCCCUUGGAGAAAGCUGGGAAGAUGAUGGGGGCAAAAGCUAGAAUUACUUGGCUCGGCCUUGUCAUUGGCUCUCUGGCUCCACCUACUGUUAGCCUCCGGCUUUUCACCCUACCAGUUCCAACAGCCA